CAGAGGGUGGGGCAAAGGCUUAAAUAGCUGUACAUGGUGGCAUUCAGGGUAUUGCAGUGAAAAAACGAGACACACUAUCAAAUGGAGCUGAAAAUACAAAAUGUCAACCUGGAACUACCCGAGAACCUGCAGAGGCACCGGACAACGGGCUUCAGCAGCUCCAGGGUACUGGUGGUGCGGAGAGGAACCCCUUUCAGGGUCACUUUGCAGCUGGCGGGCCGACCCUUCAACCCCCAGACCGACUCCCUGAGGAUCAAAGUCAUGAUAGGCCACCUCUACGUGGUACUCCCAGUCACAUUUUCCAAGAGGGAAUUGUCCUCUCAGUGGAAGGCCUUCAUUGACCCUGAGGACUUCAACCUCUGGAGACCCUCCUUCUUCAUCACGUCUCCCACCUCUGCCUCAGUGGGCAACUAUACAUUCCAAGUGUCUGUGUUCACUCAGAACAGCCAGAGGAUCUGUGCACUUGGAAAGUUCACCCUGCUGUGUAACCCCUGGUGUUCUGAGGAUGCCGUUUAUAUUCCAUUUGAGGACCAGAGACAAGAAUACGUCCAGAGUGACUCUGGCUUGCUGUUCAUGGGGACGUGUAUGAACGUUGUGUCAAGACCGUGGUCCUUUGAUCAGUAUGAGCCAAGUGUUCUGGAGGCAUGCCUGAAUCUGCUCCAAAUCAGCCCUCAGCACCAAAAGAACAAAAGAAUGGACUACAUGAACCGAAGCAAUCCUGUUUACAUCAGUCGGGUCGUCUCUGCCAUGAUCAACUGUGAAGAUGAUCGCGGAGUGCUGAAAGGAAACUGGUCAGGUGACUUCAAGCAAGGCAUCAAUCCCUCCAUGUGGACUGGGAGUGGGGACAUCUUGGAGCAGUGGGCCCGAUCCGGUUUCAGCCCAGUCAAGUAUGGGCAGUGCUGGGUGUAUGCUGCCGUCAUGUGCACAGUUAUGAGGGUUCUUGGCAUUCCUUGCCGUGUCGUCACAAACUUCAACUCUGCUCACGACACGAAUGAAAACCUGGUGAUCGAGGAGUACUACAGCGAAACGGGACAGAAGCUGAACCUCAGCAGAGACAGCAUAUGGAAUUUCCAUGUCUGGGUGGAGUGCUGGAUGUCUCGCAAUGAUCUGGGAACCGGGAUGGAUGGCUGGCAAGUUCUGGACCCGACUCCCCAAGAGAGGAGCGGAGGAGUGUUCUGCUGCGGCCCAGCUCCGGUCAAAGCCAUCAGGAAUCGGCGAAUCGACCUGUUUUAUGACAUCCCAUUCGUCUAUGCUGAGGUGAACGCCGACAUCCACACUAUCAUCCUGAGCCGGGCUCAGAGUGAGGUGGUCAGCGUCAGCAAAGACACAGAGAGGGUCGGAGCACUCAUCUGCACCAAAGCCAUUGGCUUACCCAGAUUGCAGAACAUCACAGGAGACUACAAACACGUAAAAAGCCCGACUUCGACAAUUACAUCAAGAACCUCCACAAUUUCAGAUGACUCAGCCUUCAGCAGAGGCAAGCCCAAAGGAGUGUUGGUAUUCCUGGCCCUGGAUAAAUCUCCCAUAGCCGGAGAGCCCGUCAGCUUCUUUGUUAAACUCGUCAACAAGCAAAGUGUAGCCAAGAUGGUAAAGGUGCAUCUCAACGCCCAGGCCAAAGAAUACAACCACGGCCCCUCAGACACCUUCUGGGAAAAACAUGGUGUCAUUGAGCUGGCACCCAGGGAAGUCAAGGUGCUGCAUGAGCAGAUCCUCCCAGGCCAGUAUGAGGAUGUGGUGGGUGAUGACCUGAUCAACCUUGCGGUCGUCGCGGUGGAUCCAACCAGUCAGGACCGGGUCUUGGCCUCAGAAGAAUUCAACAUUGCCGCCCCACAACUGAACAUACAGAUUGCAGAUGAAGGCUCGGUCAUGCCAAACAAAGAGCAGACAGCCACAGUGACCUUCACCAACCCAUUUUCUCACCCAGUGAGUGGAGUCCUGGCAGUGGCCGGGGCCAGUCUCAUGCACAGCAAAGCUUACUUCAGGAUGCUUCCACUGCAUCCAGGAGGAACCGUGGUGCAGCAAAUCACGUUCACCCCCAGCAUGUUGGGCAAUAAGAUGCUGCAGGCAAGCCUGUCCCUCACGAACAUUAAUGUCACUGUCACAGGCUUUAAGAUGGUCUCUGUCAGGAGUGCUUAACUCCUGCAGCCAUUGUCAUGUUUAUCUGUUAGUGUGUGUUAUGUGCAUGUGAAUGUAAAUGUUAUUUAUUUGAGUAUUUAUUUUGCUAUUUAUAUGCCCAAACCUGUGCCGUCAACAUUCCUACCUGAAAAUCUUCUUACUUGAAAUUGUAAAAAUUGUAAACCUGCAAUUUUUCUGGAUUGUUUUACUUUUUGCUUUGGGUGGAAAAUAAAGAUUAUUUGUUACUGCA